GCUAAAAGAUUAGCCACCCAAGAUUCCACCUUGGGCGUCCAUGGAGGCUGCGGCGCGGCACUACGAACAUGCUUUGCUGAUUUCGUCAUCCAUGGAGGCUGUGGCGCGGGCGCGACGACCACGCGGAGCCGAUUUGAGCGCCUGCCUCCGCCGCCGGCCGGCAGGCCGGAAUACGCCUUGUUCUGCUGCAGCACUGACUCAUCCACAACUUCACAUCUCGAUCCGCGUCUUCUCCUGCGAGCAGUCUGUGAUCUGGCUGUUUCUUUGGGCAAGUCUAACAGCCUGCUAUAAACAAGGGAGAAGCUCUAUUUGUUUGCUGUUGGACACUACAGAAAUGGGGAUUACACAAGAAGUGGUGAACUUAUCGAAAGAUGCAUACAGGUAACACUCAGAUCAACUGAAUUUUGGUUCUCACCCGAGGCACGGGAGCCACACCAGCAGCAGGAGCUCCACCUGCACCUGUGCGGUACCGAGGAUGAGCAGCGCCCCUUGCACUGAUGCGCUGCCGAGGAGGAGACAGC